AGUUUACCGCGGACCUCGAAACGACGCGGACGAAUGUCGCGCUCGUUGAUCUAUUUAAAGAUUAACAUAAACUUGAUAAUUGGUGAAAUUGAUAUUGAACAUAGAGUGUAACAAAUAUAAAGGAAUAAGAUUUGUCGGUUUUGGUUUAAAACAAACAAACUUUUCAUUACAAAAAGGAAAAGUUAACGGUACGCAAGGACAGUGUUUGAAAGUUUAGUUCGCAGGUUUGAAAAGUGAUAUUCUUUUUCGAUAUAUAAAUUCGUUCAACUACGUGGAUUUUUGCGUGUCAAAACGUUAUAGAAGAUUUCACAGUGCUGCGAUAAGGAAUUCAUAUAAUUACAGUUUUAUUAUCUGAAAGCCGCUAGGGUGUUGUGAAGAUAUUCAACAAUGACAUAAGAGCUACAUCAAAAUGGCGUUAAGAUUAAAAAAGGAUAUUAAGAAAGCAUCAUACUAUGUGUGGUUCCUCGGUGCUCAGGAGUCACGUGGAUUACGUGGCGAGGAAUUUGCUAUACCAGCCAUCAGGAUAUUAGAAGAGAGAGCAAGGGACUUGGAACCGUUUAAAGUCACUUUACAAGUCUCCCACAAAGGUCUGAAGAUUAUCCAGAAUGUGACAGCCAAAGGCAAACAACAGACGAUCAAGCACUUCAUACCUCAUGGCAGCAUCACCAGCGCAGUGGUCCAAGGUGACGUGGUGGCAUGUGUACUGCUGCUGUACAACCCGUUGACCGGUUGUCCUGUACACGUCCAUGCUUACAGAUGCGAUUCUGAUCAUACAGCAGAGAUGCUCUACACACACUUACAAGCGUUAAUAGAAAGGCCGGAAAACCAAAAGAAGUUCGCCGACAUCGAACGUAAGCUGCAAAUGAGAGGCGCCCUGCCAUCUUCGAAGAAACCACCGGAUUCUUCACUAGGAAGCGAAGUGUCCAGAGAAUCAGAUUCUGGAAGCAACGAGGAACGAUGCGUGGCGAACCUGUAUGACAGUUUAGCCGCAGAAUUGAAACAGAAGUUGUCAACAGGUAAAAAGGGCAUAGGCAAGAGCCCAAUACUUCUGCCACCGCGGGACUAUGACACGGUGCACAGACAGAAAGGCAAUCUUAGCAACAUCGACACCCGGCGAUGCCUCAACCAGAACAUAGUAGGGGUGAACGCUAGGCGCAAACUGGAGUCGUCCGGUGGAAGUUCUGGCAUCGGCAGCGAUCUCGCUCCCUCGCCAGAGAGGAACGACUACUCGAGGCAGCACGACAACCACAGCACUAGCGAGGAAGACUGGGCCGAGAGCACAGCGUACUUGAUGCAUGAGGCGUUUGAGGCCUCUCCGCCCAGACGCGCUACCUCACCACGACGAGCUACGUCACCUCGCCGCUCAUCACCACCACAUCGAACACUCUCCCCUCGCGGCUACGACCGUCCAUACAACGAUGACUAUCAAGACCAAUUCCGAGACCAACUAGCACCUUUCAGAGACGCCACUUUCGAAAGAAGGUUCCGUCACGAAUCCCUAGAACACAUCAGCAAAGAGAAACCUGAAAAAUACGUCGAUGACAGCACAAAUUACAGGCGACGAUACGUCGCUGAAACUAAACCCUCUAAUCGAAGCAUUGACAGAGUUGAAGAUCGCAGAUUCGGAAAAUUACAGCGAGGAGCCAGCGAAGGUAGCUUGAAAAUAGCUGAUACUUCUCCGAAAGAUCGCUUCAACGUUGCUAAAGAGAAGUUCAUGAAUCUGGAAAGAGAAAGAUUCAAUAGAGAACUGGAGCAACAUAUGGCGAUACGCAGGAGCAUGCUCGAAAGGAAUAGUCGUUCGACUUCUUCCCCAGAGGAGGAAAGAAGGGACGAGCGACAAGAGCGUCACCGGGAGCUGAGCUCUCGCAGAGAACCUGAACGUUCUCAAAGGGAUAUUGAGCGUUCUCACAGGGAGCCAGAAAGACGCAAGGAUGAUAGGGUACGCGAAGAAUCCAGAGAGUUGAUACACAGGGACAUUGAACGACUUCCCAGAGUAGGCAGGAAACGCGAUGAUGUUAAAAGGUACGAAUACGGUACCGAGGACUAUUUGAAUAGGACUGAACCAAAGCCGCAUAGAGAAGAUUUUGAUAGAUAUAGGGAAAAAAGGGAAUUGGAUCGUCGCAUCGACGAAGAUGAGAUAAUAGAGCCAGUAAUAGAAGACCGCAGAAGGGACUGGACUGAUAGGCAAAGAGGUUUUAGCCGAUCGCGGUUGCUGGAUGACCAACGUCAGUCUUAUGCAGAGGGAGACAGAGACAGAUAUUUCGAGAGAGAUUAUAGGGAUUUCCGUGAGCUCGCAGACAGACAGCCAUCGAAGUUCCGUCAUAGCUACGCAGAACCGAUACCUAGAGGACGACUAGGCACUGUCCGCCCGUACUAAAAUCAAGCCAUAAUAGAGUAUAAAUCAUUAAUUAAAAAAUAUGUUUGUACUGUCGUCGAUUUGAUAUCACACCAUAUUUGAAAUAUCUAACUUAAUAGAUAUUUAAUUUGAAUCUAAAUAUUCUUGACAUAUAUAACGAAUUACCCUACGGGCAUGGAUAAUAAUUUAAUUUCUCGAGGCCAUUAUGAUCGUACCUAGAUUAAAAUCCGAACAAAAAAUGUAUAUUAUCUUAACGUUUAUGUUAUGUUUAAGAUAAAUUUAAGAAUUUAACCUUUUCUAUGAAUAAAAACAUAAUGUU